AUGCAACAGGCAAUGCCAACUAUGUUAAGAAAUACUUUGUCAGCAUUCAGAGACAUCGAUGUGCGGCGAUAUUGCGACGUUAUCGGUGCUUUUCUGCUGCUGUAUUUGAGUGAUGCUUUGGUGGUGGCCACCAAUGUAGAUUUGAUUACAAGUUGCUCCAAGUCUCACCCCUCUUGUCUGCUGAACAACAUAACAGACUCCUAUGAAGAUCGUUUGAAGAUUUCCAACUUCACAGCUCUUGCUGAAUUGCAAGAACUGGUAAUACGUAAUUCGGCAUUACGUAGGAUGUCCAAGUUUCUAUUGGAACAAGCCCCCCAUUUGAAGAGAUUACUCAUGCAUAACUGUGAUUUAAAUAGCCUCACCAGCCGGGAUUUUGAUACCAAUGAAGGCCUAAAAGUUUUAAACCUGCAGCAAAAUUCCAUAUUCACUUUAAAUGAAAAUGUCUUUAAGAAACUAAAAUAUUUGAAUGCUUCUCACAUUGGCAUAAACUCUUUGACUGCUAGAAUAUUUGAUGAUCUGAUCAAUUUGGAAUAUAGGGAUUUAAGUUAUAAUCAAUGGCAUAGAAUGUUUACCUCCUAG